CUGGUUCUGCCGAGAGAGGCGGGUACCCGCCGCACUCGCGGGACCCUUGGCAGUUCGGGUGUCGGCGGCUGGAGCAAGCGUUGGCUGUGGGCAUGACGCCUGACGACCAGGAGACCCAGCCACUUCUGGGGCCGCCCGGCGGCAGCGCUCCCAGAGGCCGCCGCGUCUUCCUCGCAGCGUUCGCCGCUGCCCUAGGCCCGCUCAGCUUCGGCUUCGCGCUCGGCUACAGCUCCCCAGCCAUCCCGAGCCUACGGCGCGCCGCGCCCUUGGCCCCGCGCCUCGACGAGGAUGCCGCCUCCUGGUUCGGGGCUAUCGUGACCCUGGGCGCCGCGUCGGGGGGCGUACUGGGCGGCUGGCUAGUGGACCGCGCCGGGCGCAAGCUGAGCCUCCUGCUCUGCACCGUACCCUUCGUGGUCGGCUUUGCGGUCAUCACCGCGGCCCGGGAACUGUGGAUGCUGCUCGGGGGCCGCCUCCUCACCGGCCUGGCCUGCGGGAUUGCCUCGCUUGUGGCCCCGGUCUAUAUCUCUGAAAUUGCGUACCCCACAGUGCGGGGGCUGCUCGGCUCCUGUGUGCAGCUGAUGGUCGUCAUAGGCAUCCUCCUAGCCUACUUGGCAGGCCGGGUGCUGGAGUGGCGCUGGCUGGCCGUGCUGGGCUGUGUGCCCCCAUCCUUCAUGCUGCUGCUGAUGUGCUUCAUGCCCGAGACGCCACGCUUCUUGCUGACUCAGCACAAACGCCAGGAGGCCAUGGCCGCUGUGCAGUUCCUGUGGGGCUCCGAGCAGGGCUGGGAAGAGCUGCCUGCCGGGGCUGGGCACCAGGGCUUCCAUCUGGCCCUGUUGAGGCAUCCUGGUAUUUACAAGCCCUUCAUCAUCGGCAUUUCAUUGAUGGUCUUCCAGCAGCUGUCGGGAAUCAACGCUGUCAUGUUCUAUGCAGAGACCAUCUUUGAGGAAGCUAAGUUCAAGGACAGCAGCCUGGCCUCGGUCAUCGUGGGCAUCAUCCAGGUGCUGUUCACGGCCAUGGCGGCCCUCGUCAUGGACAGAGCUGGGCGGAGGCUGCUCCUGGCCUUGUCAGGUGUGGUCAUGGUGUUCAGCACCAGCGCCUUCGGUGCCUACUUCAAGCUGACCCAGGGCGGCCCCAGCAACUCCUCACACGUGGAGCUCUUGGCGCCCAUCUCGGUGGAACCUGCCAGUGCCAGUGUGGGGCUGGCCUGGUUGGCGGUGGGCAGCGUGUGCCUCUUCACCGCUGGCUUUGCUGUGGGCUGGGGGCCCAUCCCCUGGCUCCUCAUGUCUGAGAUCUUCCCUCUGCACGUCAAGGGCGUGGCCACUGGCGUCUGUGUCCUCACCAACUGGCUCAUGGCCUUUCUGGUGACAAAGGAGUUCAGCAGCCUCAUGGGAGCCGGGAGCCAGGAGCCAGGACGACAGCACCUUUCAGCCUCGUCUUCCGGGAUUCCUCCUUCCUCCCCAGCUCUCUGCAGCCCCUCAGUCCCCUGGGCCAGCUCCCCCUGCUGCCCAUUGGCCCAGGAAGAGGCGACAUCUCUGAGGGGCUUCACUGCCCUGCUCCACGAGCCGACUCAAGCUUGACAUGAAAGUGGUGGUGGAGGAGGGUGACUGGGCUCCUCAUUUUGUGGAGAAGAUGCCUUUGGAGGCGGGUGAUGGCCUGUGGUUGCUCCUCUCACAUGGCUGUGUCAUCAGGAAGGAACCUCGUUUGCCAAAUAAAGAUUUGACUCAGAAAAUCA